GAUAUAGCGAUAACAUUGUUAACCCAGCUCUAUUUGUAAUAUAAUUUUUGAUCAGCCAACAAAACUUUUGUUAAAUAAUGAUGCAACACACAAAGCGCAUGCUGACUCCUCUGAUAAGCGGACUGCGCAAUUUACCGGCACGCGGUGCAACAACUACGACGGCAGCUGCGCCCGCCAAAAUUGAAAAAACCGUCAACACGGUUACCAUUUUGGGAAGAGUUGGAGCCGAUCCCCAGCUGCGGGGAUCCCAGGAGCACCCGGUGGUCACCUUUUCCGUCGCCACACACACAAACUACAAAUACGAGAACGGCGACUGGGCCCAGCGCACCGACUGGCAUCGAGUGGUGGUCUUCAAGCCCAAUCUGCGCGACACCGUGCUGGAGUACCUGAAGAAGGGACAGCGCACCAUGGUGCAGGGCAAGAUUACCUACGGAGAGAUCACCGACCUGCAGGGCAACCAGAAGACCAGCACCAGCAUCAUUGCCGACGAUGUGCUCUUCUUCCGCGAUGCCAAUAACUAGGAUUUAAGCCCAAAAGACCAAACCUAAUCUUAAGCACAAAGUUUAACUUGCAGCAUUGUAAGCAUUUAUACUAUACGUAUGGAUAUAUUAUGUUAUCAAAUCUUGGAUUACAUGCGUAGUUGUAUUUCA